UUCGCCUAUAGAGAAAGAAGGCGAUGACUAAAGAAGACUGAGUCGACUCGCUCUUGACACGGUUGACUUCUGAGUCGUCAUUCUCUUCUUCAUCUUCAUCAGCGAAUCUAUUUUUGGAAACUUGAAUUCGUGAUUUUAGAUGGGAGGAGGAGAAGUUAGUAAAGAGAUGGGAGCUUGCUCAUUAGCGUAUCGUCGUGGAGAUCAGAAAUUACGAAAGUUCGUGACGGCGAGGAGUACUAAGUUUCUUCUAUUUUGCUGCAUCGUUUUCGUUUUGAUUACAAUCGUUUGCCGAUCUUCUCGUCCUUGGGUUAACAGUUCAAUCGCCGUCGCAGAUCGGAACUCCGGAUCAAGGAAAGGUUAUACACUUCUGAUGAACACAUGGAAGAGAUAUGAUCUCUUAAAGAAGUCUGUUUCCCACUAUGCAUCAUGUUCUAGGCUUGACUCUAUUCACAUUGUAUGGAGUGAACCUAACCCUCCAUCAGAUUCUCUUACAAAGUAUCUUCAAAACGUUCUGAAGAAAAAAUCGCGAGAUGGGCAUGAGGUUGAGCUGAGAUUUGAUAUAAACCAAGAAGACAGUUUGAACAACAGAUUUAAAGAGAUUAAGGACUUGAAAACAGACGCUGUCUUCUCAAUAGAUGAUGAUAUCAUAUUUCCUUGUCACACGGUAGAUUUUGCAUUCAACGUUUGGGAGAGUGCUCCGGAUACAAUGGUGGGGUUUGUACCCCGUGUGCAUUGGCCUGAAAAAUCGAAUGAUAAAGCCAAUUACUACACCUACAGCGGAUGGUGGUCUGUUUGGUGGAGUGGUACAUAUAGCAUGGUACUCUCAAAGGCAGCCUUCUUCCACAAAAAAUACCUCAGCCUUUACACAAAUAGCAUGCCGGCAUCAAUCAGGGAAUUCACAACCAAGAACAGGAACUGUGAAGAUAUUGCGAUGUCAUUCCUCGUCGCAAAUGCUACAAACGCUCCUGCUAUAUGGGUUAAAGGUAAAAUAUAUGAAAUCGGUUCAACUGGAAUUAGUAGCAUAGGAGGGCACACAGAAAAAAGAACACACUGCCUAAAUCGGUUUGUGGCAGAAUUUGGGAAAAUGCCACUUGUAUACUCUUCCAUGAAAGCCGUGGAUAGCCGCAAUUUAUGGUUCUGGUGAUUACUGCUUUCACAUGGUGGUACAUUUCCGCUUUUCUUUUCCACUGGUUACUACUACUCUUCACGUUCUAGCUAUUGACGGGUUUGAUGCCAAGUAAGAGUUGAACCAGAGAACUGAUCUUACUUUUACGGUAAGCGAGAAGAUAGAGAGGGAAAGUUUAUAAUUGGUGGCUUAUGGGGUUUCUCCUAGAAGCUUACAAAGAGAUAUAGUAGUAGCCUAGUGCAUGAUGUACCCUCAUUGUACCAUUUGUAAUAUUGUUGUAACUUGUAACAUCUGUUGCUGUGAAAAUAUUGUUUUGUGCUAAAAAAGAAUGAGUUAUAUAUUCA